AUGGCGAGCGCGCGGGAGGCGUCGAGGCAUGAGCUGAGCCCGCAGAGGAAGGCGCGGGGGCUCUUCGUGGGAACACGGGAGGCCAGGCCCCGCGCCUCGCCGUCACUGCUCUCCUGCAAGGACGCGAUGGCGGGCCUGCCGUCGCGGACGUCCGAGCCCCGAUCGCCCUCCGGCCCCUGGGGCCCGGGGUGUGGUUCCACGCCCAGCACCAGCGGGCGGCUGGGGGAGGCCGGAUGGGGGAUGCCCUUUGGGGGCGUGCUGGAGACCAGGCGCGGCGCUGCGGCCCGGCGGCAGUCGGCCAUGUUCACGUGGGACGACGGGCCUGGCAGGCUGGAGGACAGGAUGGCCGCGGUGGUGCUGGGGGAGAGGGGCUGCCGGGGUACUUGCCGCGGGAGCGCGUACGGGCCCAGGCUGGCGAGCCGGGCGUCCGUGGACGAGCGCAUGACGACCGGAAGGGGGGAGGCAGCGCCGGAGGCGGCUGCGAUGCGACGUGGGGAUCGCGGCGGUCGAUCGCCGCUGGCUGAGGGCUUCUCCCAGUGGCCACCUCCUGUGUGCUCACUGGCUGGCCAUCAGUCGCCGAAGUCACAGCAACAGAGGGCCAUGGAUGGCCCCAGGCUCCGGGAGGACAAGGACAGCAGUUGUGUUGUCACACGAUCUGUUACACAGCUGGAAAGGUCCUCCUCCAUGCCGGACGCGGCCGCCCUGCAGCGCCGGUGCCAGUGCUACCAGGCGGAGGUGGAGUACCUCAAGGAGCGGGAGGGCGAGCUGAGGGGGGACCUGAGCCGGGCCAGGGUAGAGAAUGCAGCCCUGUCUGCCAAGGUGCAGCGCACGCACGACAUGUACAAGGAGGCGCUGGAGGCCAGAAGGACCGCCCGGGAGGCCCUGUCAGAGAUGGCACAGGAGAAUGCACGGCUGGUGGCUGCCUUCAUCGAAAAGAAGCAAGAUCUGAGGAGCAUGCAGGACACUGCUGGUGAAGAGCGCAGGAUGUGGGCUGAGCAGUUGGAGGCACUUGAGGCAGAACUGAAGCACACGCAGGAGCAGCUUAGCAGGGUGCAGGGCUGCAAGCCUGUAACCCCAACCAUGUCUGACACCACAUCGGACACUCUCUCUGAGUUCAUGUCUGUGGGUGAGCUGUCCUCCGAAGAAGAUGUGCCCGGGUGCCUGCCAUGCCACCGGUCCCCGUCUGACACCGCAUGGGCCAGUGAGACAGCCAAGUCACUGCGCACGCUGCAGGACAUGCAGGUCGAAAAUGAGCGGCUGCAGGAGGAGAAUGUGCGCCUGCGGCACGACUACGAUGAGACUGCCAAGCAGCAAGAGUGCCACGAUUUGCACCAGGCAGCAGAGGAAAUGAAGAAGAGGGGAAACCAGAUGUUUAAAUGUGAGAGAUACCAGGAGGCCAUGGACGAAUACAGCCAAGGGCUCCAACUGGGCCUUGAGGACCAUAGCCUCGUGGCAGUCCUGCACUGCAACAGGGCAGCUGCGCUCCUAAACUUGAACAGGUUCCUGGAAGCGCUGGCAGAUUGCUUUGUGGCUGUGGCGAUGGACGGCUCCUAUUCCCGGGCUUUUCAGCGUCGCGCAGACGUCUUUGCUGCCUUGGGCGAUUUCUCGUCAGCGGUGGAAGACCUGAAAACGGUGCUUGCCCGUGGUGGGGGUCAGCAGGUGGAGGCCCGCACGCAGCUAACAGACGUGCUCAGGAAGGCCAACUCGGGCCAAGCCAUUGACGCCUACAGGGUUCUGGGCGUGUCGCCCUCCGCGCCGGCCCUGGAGAUAAAGACUUCCUACAGGCAGCUGGCCCUCAAGUACCACCCCGAUAAGGCCGCCCACGUGCCAGGCUCGGACGUCCUGUUCAAGCUCGUCGCCGAGGCCAACGCGAUGCUGUCCGACCCGCACAAGCGCCAGCAGUACGAUUUGGACAUGCGCUCGCGGACGAGGGCCCCUUUCAGGAGCACGAGGUUCUAG